CAUGAAUUCCAAAACAGCAUUAUGUGGUGCUCUCCUGCUACUUGUGGCACUGCUGCCUCUUUCAGCUAGCACGUCGAGCAAACUCUACAUCGUGUAUAUGGGGGAGAAGAAGCACGACGACCCAUCCCUGGUCAUCGCGUCGCACCAUGACAUAUUAAUAUCUGUUUUUGAGAGUAAGGAUGAAGCCUUGAGGUCCAAAGUUUACAGUUACAAGCAUGGAUUUUCUGGCUUCGCAGCGAUGCUCACAAAGUCCCAAGCUGAGGCAAUCGCAAGAUUUCCCGAAGUUGUCACCGUGAAGCCUAACACUUUUCAUGAAACACACACAACUCGGAGCUGGGACUUCCUUGGCCUUCAACAUAACCAACCACCACAACAACCGGGACUCCUCAAACAAGCAAAGUACGGUGAAGAUGUCAUCGUUGGCGUGAUCGAUUCAGGCAUAUGGCCUGAAUCACGAAGCUUUGAUGACAAUGGGUAUGGCCCUGUGCCGGCACGGUGGAAAGGGAAAUGCCAGACUGGCCAGGAGUUCAACUCCACAAGUUGCAACCGAAAGAUCAUCGGCGCGCGGUGGUACGGUCGUGGCAUCAGUGCCGAGGUGCUAAAGAGAAACUACAACUCACCUAGGGACAUCCACGGCCAUGGCACACAUGUUGCAUCGACUAUCGCUGGCAGGGAAGUGCAGCGUGUGAGCUACGGAGGCCUAGGCAUGGGGGUCGCACGUGGCGGGGCACCACGUGCACGGCUCGGUAUCUACAAGGCAUGCUGGGUGGGUGGGGGUUGCCCUGACGCGGCGGUCCUUGCGGCCAUCGACGACGCCAUAUAUGAUGGCGUGGAUGUCUUGUCGCUAUCGAUUGCAGGGGUUGGUCAUGAGCUCCCCGGGACACUGCAUGCUGUGCAAAGAGGGAUAUCUGUUGUGUUCGGUGGUGGGAAUGAUGGCCCUGUGCCACAGACUAUAAGUAAUACCAUACCAUGGGUUACCACGGUGGCCGCUAGCACGAUUGACCGGUCUUUCCCAACCUUGAUAUCGCUGGGAAACAAAGAACAGCUGGUGGGGCAAUCUCUUCACUACAAUGCAUCUGUGAGCAGUGACUUUAAAGAACUUGUUUAUCCCGAAAGCUGUGACGCGAGGUCACUUGAAUUGAGCAAUGUCACUGGCAAAACCGUCCUGUGCUAUCAACCGGCGGCGGCGAAAAGCAUGCCGCCUCAACAAGCACUACCUAUGGUCAUCAAUCUCACCACCAUGGCUGGCGCCAAGGGCCUCAUAUUCGCACAGUACACUACUAACCUCCUCGAAAUCCUGCCUUUGUGUAGAGGCGUUAUGCCCUGUGUAGUGGUGGAUUUUGAGAUCGCACAACGAAUUGCCUCCUAUUGGAGGUGGGACACAGGGAAUCCGGUGGUGAAGGUGUCACCUGCCAUGACAACUGUCGGAAAAGGGGUGUUGUCGCCGAAGGUCGCCUCGUUCUCAUCGAGAGGUCCAAGCAUGUUGUUCCCUAGCAUACUCAAGCCCGACAUUGCUGCACCCGGCGUCAGCAUCUUGGCAGCGCAGCAGGGCUCCUACGUUUUCAAAUCUGGGACAUCCAUGGCAUGUCCACAUGUCUCUGCUGUGACCGCACUGCUCAAGUCGGUUCACCUUGAUUGGUCACCUGCCAUGAUCAAGUCUGCCAUCGUCACCACAGCAUCUGUGACUGAUUGUUUUGGCAUGCCAAUCCAAGCAGAAGCGGUCCCAAGGAAACUAGCCGACCCCUUCGACUUUGGUGGUGGACAUAUUGACCCAGAAAGAGCUGUUGACCCUGGCUUGGUUUACGACGUGGAUGCAAGAGAGUAUAACAAGUUUUUCAACUGCACAAUUGGAUAUUUAGACGGUUGUGAGUCCUACUACCUCAAUCUCAACCUCCCAUCAAUCGCCGUGCCAGACCUCAAAGACAAGGUCGUGCUUCAGCGCAGUGUGACUAACGUUGGGCCGGUGGAAGCAACAUAUCAUUUAGUGGUUGAAGCUCCAGCAGGGAUAGAUGUGUCCGUAGAACCAUCUGUGAUUAGUUUCACCAAAGGAAGCGGUAGAAGCGCGACAUUUAUGGUUACAUUCACAACAAGGCAGAGAGUGCAAGGAGGAUACACUUUCGGGAGCUUGACAUGGUCAGACGGAAGUACCCACUCAGUGAGAAUCCCGAUUGCUGUACAGACUGUGAUACAAGACUUUGUUGCGGAUACCGCUUAAACUCGUAUC